ACAUCCGAGAGGUCCUAAUAAAAAAGCUCAUUUCAAAAUUUGGUUCUUCACGUUCUAUGAGAGUGACGCUACCUCUCUAUACUUGCCUUGGCAGUGGGCGCCCUCACACUCAGGCGAUGUAAUAGCAGACGCCGCCGCCAAGAUGGCCCUUGCGGACGUAAACAUCACACCGCUCCCCCUGCCACUCUCCACGGCCAAACGCCUUGUCUCCCGCACAUGCCGCUCUAAAUGGGACGACACACUCCAUGACACCCUCCGCAUCACCUCCAUGGGCCAGUACCGCACCAACUCCUCCCCGCAGCCGUGGAUGAGGAAAACGUCCCGCGUCCUAGACGUGGCCUUGACACGCCUCCUCCUGGGCCACACACGCCUCUGCGUUCACCACCGCCUGCGCCUCGUCCCCAACCCUCACUGCCCCUGGUGCAGGACCGUCGAGGACACCAUUGAGCACCUCCUGCUGCACAGUCCACGCCACCACUCCCAGCGAGUGCUGCUCCGACACCAACUCCGUGCCCUCGACGUGGCCACCUUUGACCUACCCACGCUGCUGGCGGCGGCAGGCGUCCACCCAUCACGACAGGAAGCUGUCAUCCGCCUCACCUGCGCCUUCCUUAGGAAGACGGGGCAGCUGACGCGCCUGUGAAGCCCUCGCUCAUGUGAGCGACUAGAUCGCCGCGGCCCUAAACAACAACAACAACAACAACCAGGCCGAGUAGGCUCUAUUAGACCGUCACAGCCCUUCAGCAACAACAAAGGAACUUCUCUCCAUUAUAACCACUACUGGUACUGGUACAGCAAUGAAGAUCUGAGUUGGGUACUGUGCUCAGCGCCCACUACAUCCUUGCUGUCACUGAUUCGUUGCAGUGAAGUUGCAGGGCUGGGCAACACCCUGAGUGGUUGGGAUCCACAGGACCAAACUUCCACUGCUGUGAGAGUCAGGGGUGAUCACCAGAACCACUGACACCUUGCUGCUGACACCUCCAGCUAUAAAGAAAAGGGUUGAAACGCUUGGUACGCAGUGAGCCAGAGCAACAUAAAUGCAAAAUGGAGUCUGGGGAGCCCAUGGCCAAACUCCCCCUAUCUACAGUUUUGGACAUAGCCUUGGACACAGUAGUAAAGGAAAUCAUUGGAAUCAAAAGUGUGGAAACAGACUCCCUGGGAACAGUCACCUCAUCAAAUAUACCCACAUACUCCGGUGCAAGACCUCAUGAAUGCCGAGAUUGUGGCAAAGGUUUCAGUAAGAAGAGUGACCUCAACAAACACAUCCUUAUACACUCUGGUGAAAGACCUCAUGAAUGCCAUGAGUGUGGCAAAAAGUUUAUUAACAAAAGCCACCUCAACAUACACACCCUUACACACUCUGGAGAAAAAAAUCAUGCAUGUGACAUAUGUGGGAAACGAUUCACUCAGAAGAGUACCCUCAACAGGCACACCCUUACACACUCUGAUGAAAAACCUUAUGAAUGCCUUGAGUGUGGCAAAUAUUUCAGUUGCAAAAGUAAUCUAGACAAACACACCCUUACACACACUGGGGAAAGACCUCAUGGGUGCCCUGAGUGUGGCAAAAAGUUCAGUCAGAAAAGUGACCUCAACACACACAUCUUUAUACACACUGGUGAAAGACCUCAUGAAUGUCACGAGUGUGGCAAAAAAUUCAGUAAAAAGAGUGACCUCAACAAACACACCCGUACACACACUGGUGAAAGACCUCAUGAAUGCCAAGAGUGUGGCAAAGGGUUCACUAAGAAGAGUGACCUCAACAGACACACCCUUACGCAUACUGGUGAAAGACCACAUGAAUGCCUUGAGUGUGGCAAAUAUUUUAGUUGCAAGAGUAACCUAGACAAACAUAGCCUUACACACUCUGGUGAGAAAAAUUAUGAAUGUGAAAUUUGUGGUACACGGUUCACUUUGAAUAGUCACCUCAAGAGACACAUCCUUACGCACUCUGAUGAAAGACCUCAUGAAUGCCCAGAGUGUGGCAAAAAAUUCAGUAACAAGAUUGACCUCAACAAACACACCUUUUUACACACUGGUGAAAAAAAUUAUGAAUGUGAAAUUUGUGGGAAACGAUUCUCUCGGAAGAAUAAUCUCAACAGACACAUCCUUUCACACACUGGUGAAAGGAAUCAUGAAUGUGAUAUUUGUGGUACACGAUUCACUUUGAAGAGUCACCUCAACAGACACACCCUUACGCACACUGGUGGAAGACCUCAUGAAUGCCAGGAGUGUGGUAAAAAGUUCAUUACCAAGAUUGACCUCAACAAACACACCCUUACACACACUGGUGAAAGACCCCAUUAACCCUUUCAUUGGUCAACACUCGUAACGAGCGUUAGGCGUGUUUGCUGGUGGUGCUAAACGCUCGCUGCGAGCUCCACCCGCACUUAAAUCUCCCACGUAUGAAAGUGUUCCAACACUAAUUCUCACAACACAGGAUUGCCAAUUGAGUGGGUUUUUCACUAAAUUUGGUGGAAAAUUAUAUCAGCCCAGCACGGCAAUAUAGCGGCAUUUUUGCAUAGCUUCACCUAUCACCUGACUGAGUCUUUGACCAAAUAGUUGUAAAUAUUGCAGUUGCCAAUACUCCCUUGCCAGAAUCUGAAGGAGAUGUCCGCAUUUCUCUCAAUAUGGCUGAUCAUCCUGCACGCACCGACGUAACUGUUAACAUUCAACACUCCCUGGACGUGCAUGUACGUUCACAAGAGAGGCAUACAUAAACGAUUCCUAUAGAUCUGGACCUCCUCUUUCCAAUGGUGUUUUUGGUUUUUAUCUGUGAUGAAUAGUUUUUGAGAUACAGGAGUUAAAAGAGACCCCCCAUUGGGCUUCCCGACUGCGCCUGAGGGGACAAUCGUGUCCGCACCACGCGCAAGGAAAGGGUUAAGUAUGCAUUUGCCCAAUUUAAAUUUUUUCAAUAAAAAACUUGGAAAACCCAUGAAAAAAUGUAUAGUUUUAUUAAAUCCCUUUAUUAUUAUUUAUUUAUUUUGUGACUUGUGAUUAUGAUGGUGUUGCAGAUGCAGGGUAAAAAAAAUAACCCUAAAAAUAUGAGGAGGUAAUAUGGUUUAAUAAAAAACAUCUGGAACAUGACCAAGAAUAUAAAGUUACCCAACUGUAGAUGCAGAUGAAGAAGAUUUGAGUUCAUAACCCAAAUUCAGACCAAGAGCUGUCAUGGCACCAGAACGUGAAAUGAAGAAAGGAACUUUUCAACAAUAGAAGUAAGUGUACUAUGCAUUAGGGUCAAGGGGUGUUUCUCUAGUUCUACACCCACUUCAACCCAGAGCUUAACUCUUUUUUUUCUGGUAUGUCUUGGCAUACUAUUCAUAUUUCAUUAUGACCAUUUUGUGCAGGAAUGGGUGGGUGGUGAAGGGGGUCAGGGUCAGGCCACCCCAUUAGGAAGUGGUUAGGCAUAGUUUGGUUAGAUAAGGGGUCCUGAAUGUAGGUAUCAUAAUUUUGUUUUUGAAAAUUUAGAAACUGAUAUACUUUGUUACAUUUUUGGAAUUUUCAGCUGUCUUUGGUAGUUAUUGUGAAGGAUGUUCUUAUGCAGUGAUCUUUGUCCUGACAGCCAUCACUGGUAGUGGUACAGCAGUGAGAGUGAGGUGGGUGCUCACUAUGUUCUUGCUGAUUUCUGUUGCAGUGGAGGCUGCAGGGCUGGGCAGCAGCCUGAGUGGCCACUGCUGUGAGGGUUAGGAGUGAUCAGAACAACCACCACCACAUCACCACCCUGCUGCUGGCAUCUUCAUCCAUAAAGGAAAGGGAAAGUUUAAUUGAGAAGAUUUGAGAUGGAGCAAGUUCACUAGACAGUGUUGCAUACACUGGUGAAAGAAACCAUGAAUGCCAAGUGUGUGGGAGAACCCAUCUUUGGUAUGGAAUAAAAUUCAUGGAUGAGGAAAAAGCUUGACAUUGCUCACCAAGUCAGUUUUCUCUGGGUGUGUAUAGACCACAACAACUAAUGUCUGCUUUUCUUUGAUGCAUUUUUUUUCUUCUUUUUUUUUUUAAUCUAUUCAAUAUUUCCUUAAGGCUUAAGUAAAGGUAAAUCUGGCGACAUAUGCUAUAGCUGCACACUGCGUCAGUGCUCCUCUCAAUCACCUCAGCCCUUGAGCCUGUGGUGGGUAAAAACAUGAUACCCAAGUACACAGGGCUAGUGUGAUAUCCAGGUUACCUCCUUUCAAUGGGAUCAUUUUCAUUUGCUAAUAAUAACAUACAGGUUAUAUUCUCCCUAGUUCGUCCUUCCCAAGGGAGUGAAUAAAUGUAAUAAAUAUACAGGUGUGAAUGGUACCAUGAAAGUUUUGCCAAAAUCUUUUCACUUGAUAGGCAAAAGUUGAAUGUUAAAUUGUAUAUAUUGUGUUUCCUGUAUCUUGAGUUAUCUUAGUGUUCAAGAAGAGGUAGGCAUGCAGGGUUCAAUACAGACAAAAGUACAAGUUCUCUAUUUUAUGCUUAAAGUUGACCACCAAAUUACACUCCUAGUUACAUACAUACAACCAGAUUCCAUGGUGUUACAUAAUUCAAUUCUCUCUCUCUCUCUCUCUCUCUCUCUCUCUCUCUCUCUCUCUCUCUCUCUCUC